AUGGCAGUUGGGCUGGCCAUUCAAAUUGAAGGCGGGGAAUAUGCUGGCAAGAUUACAGGGUUUGUAGUUUUAUCUUGCAUGAUUGCUGCUACUGGAGGAAUAAUCUAUGGUUAUGACCUUGGAAUUUCAGGUGGGUUGACCUCAAUGGAAUCAUUUCUGAAGGAAUUUUUUCCACAAGUAUACAACGAAAUGAAGGAAGAAACAAAGACAAGCAACUACUGCAAAUUUGAUAGCCAACUGUUGACACUUUUCACUUCCUCUCUCUAUAUAGCCGGUCUUAUUGCCUGUUUCUUUGCUUCACCGGUCACUAGGACCUUUGGUCGGAAGAUAUCGAUCUUGAUUGGUGGAACUGCAUUGAUUGCCGGUGCUGCCCUUGGUGGAGCAUCUUAUAAUAUUUACAUGCUAUUGCUCGGUCGUGUUUUACUCGGUAUUGGUCUGGGUUUUACAAAUCAGGCAGUUCCAUUAUACCUCUCAGAAAUGGCUAUGUCCAAAAAUAGGGGAGCUUUUAACAUUGGUUUUCAAAUCUGUCUUAAUAUUGGUUUUAUACUAGCAACAUUCAUAAACUAUUCUGCUCUUAAAAUCAAAGGAGGUUGGGGCUGGCGAAUUUCAUUAGCAAUGGCUGCAGCCCCUGCUGCAAUUCUGACUAUUGGGGCAUUUUUCCUCCCGGAGACACCAAAUAGCCUAAUUCAACAGGGAGAUGAUCACGAAAAGGCCAAGCAAAUGCUGCAAAGAAUCCGAGGUGUUGAUGACGUCCAAGUAGAACUAGACGAUCUCAUAAAAGCAAGUUAUGCUUCAAAGUCUGUCAAACACCCAUUUAAUAAUCUCUUGCAAAGAAAAUAUAGGCCUCAACUCGUUAUGUCAAUAGCAAUUCCAUUCUUCCUACAAGCAACAGGAAUCAAUGUGAUUGGGUUCUAUGCCCCAAUACUCUUUCGAACAAUUGGUUUAGGUGAAAGUACAUCGUUGUUAUCAGCAACACUGCUCUCAUUGGUGGGCUUAGGUUCGUCAAUUGUGUCAUCUGUGUUAGUCGACAAACUUGGCAGACGAGCUUUAUUUCAGUUGGGUGGGAUUCAAAUGUUCGUUGCUCAAAUGUUCAUCGGAGCAAUAAUGGCAGUCAAAUUGGGGGAUCAUGGAGAAUUAAGCAAAGGGUAUGGCACUUUAGUCUUGAUCUUAAUUUGUGUAUACGUUGCUGCUUUUAGUUUGUCAUGGGGACCAUUGGGAUUGGUAGUUACAAGUGAAAUAUUUCCAUUGGAAAUAAGGUCUGCAGCACAAAGUAUUAAUGUCGCUACGAGUCUUCUCUUUACAUUCGUCAUUGCUCAAGGUUUUCUUGCUAUGCUUUGCCACAUGAAGUCCGGAAUUUUCUUCUUCUUUGCGGGAUGGGUUGCAUUAAUGACUGGAUUCGUCCACUUUUUCCUGCCGGAAACUAAGAAUAUUCCAAUCGAGAGAAUGGAAAAAAUAUGGAUGGAGCAUACUUUUUGGAAAAGAAUUGUUGGUAAUGAUCAAGAGUAUGAAAAGAGUGUAUUGGAAAGCGACGGUGGUGGGGAUGAAGCUGGUGGCAUAGAGUUGGUUGGAAGAGUUGGACUUGCAGGUGGUGGAAAACUAGUUGGAGGAGGAGGAGGUUGCGAGGCGCAGGCGGUGUUGAUGUUGGAGGAUGAACGGAUGUUGUCAGAACAUUUUUGUUAA